UCGGCGCAGUGAGCGGUGGGCUAAGAUGGCCCCGCCGCGGCGAGUGAGGGGCUCGGGUCCGAGAUAUUCAAAGAACACUGUAGGAAGAACACAGUCCACGAAAGAUGAAGCUGGCCAAAAGUACAAGCCUACUGAUAUAUUUGAUUUUCCUGAUAAUUCUGGGAUCUCAAGCAUCGGCAGGCUGGGUGAAAAUGAGAAAGAUGAAGAACCCUAUGAAACCUUUGACCCUCCUUUACACAGCACUGCUAUAUAUGCUGAUGAGGAAGAAUUCUCCAAGCACUGUGGGUCAUCUCUCCCCUCAACUCCUCAAGGAAAAGAAGCAAAAAGAAGUUCGGACACUUCUGACGUUGAAGCAAGUGAAAAUGAGUCUGUAAAAAUUAGUGCAAAAAAGCCAGGAAGAAAACUCAAGCCCAUUAGUGAUGAAUCUGAAAGCACUGAAGAAAGUGAUGUAAGAAGAAAAGUUAAACCAGCAGAGAACAUAAGUACACAACGUGAAGCUGUUUCAGCUACAGCAUCUUCAGAACCUUCAGAGAAACCAGCUGAAUCAGUCACGCUUAAAAAGGUGGGACCCCUUGGUGCCAAGCCCUCUGUUGAAAAAGAGACCCUGGAAACAAAGUCAACUGGUAGGAGAAAAACUCAGAAAAAGAAGAUGUUUCGUGGCAAAAGGAAGAAACCAAGAAGUGAAGCCGCAGACUUGGAUACUUCCGACUGUUUACCUAUUUGGUGUUUAAAAGAAAAGAAAACCAGUGACAUCAUGGAGUUAGAUGUCAUUUUGUCUGCAUUUGAGAACAUCCUCCUAGAGUAUAAGCAAAAAACAGACUCUAGAAUUUGUAAGGAAGCCAUCAACAAAUUUCAUUCUAAUUUGAAAGAAGAACUCAUCAAAAUGCUUAAAGAAGUCCAGAUGUUGAAAACUCUGAAAAGGAAGAACACUAAGAUGAUCUCAGAUAUCGAAAAGAAAAGGCAACGUUUGAUUGAAGUCCAGGAUGAACUGCUUCGGUUAGAACCAGAGCUGAAACAACUACAAAUAAAGUAUGAUGACCUUAAGGAGAGAAAAGCUUCCCUUAGGAAUGCAGCAUAUUUCUUGUCUAAUUUAAAACAGCUUCAUCAAGAUUAUUCAGAUAUUCAAGAGAAAGAACCAAAUGUAAAGGAAACGUAUGAUUCGUCCAGCCUUCCAGCUCUGCUAUUCAAAGCAAGACCCCUUUUGGGAGCUGAAAACCAUCUGCAAAAUAUCAACUAUCAAUUAGAGAAGCUCCUUGACCAGAAAUGAGACCAGUCUACUAAAGUGUGCACAUAGAAAGAUUAGUCUCAUGCUACUGCCUGUUACCUUCUGAAACUGUAUGUAUUUUUCCACAAAGGAGAUGGGGGAGAAAACCGCCAAACUUUAUUACUAUUAAUUUGAAUUGAAUAUUCCUUUUAAUUGUUACAGCAACAUUCUCAGGUACAUUUAAAAAAAGUAAACUUGUCUAAUUGUUCAGGCUGGUUGUAUGGUCUUGUCACCAGAAUCUAAUAUUACUUUGUCAUUAAAAUUAAAUGGCUAGGUUAUAGUAGUUUUA